UUGCCAUCUCCGCCCUCCAAAUCACCCAGCAAAAAACCAGCAGCAAAUCUCCUACUUUUGCAGACCAAACCCUCCCCUUCCUGCCUUGCUUCUACAGCUAGCCAACCGAGCGGGAUAUAGUUUAAUCGAUUGAAUCUCUGCAAUCGCUAUCAACCACCCCCUGGAGGCUGGAAACAAAGGUGUGUUAAUGCGAUUUGGUAAUUGCAGGUUUGAUAGGUGCAGGGGUAAGACCCAGGAUUAAACGAGUUGCAGACAUCACGGCUAUACACAGAGCUUUCCGCCCUCUCAUACAUGUCCGAACAGUACGACGCAAGGGUUGUCUAAGCGAGAGCAACAACCCUUCGCCGCACGGCGGACGAGGCGCCUUGCCCUCUGAAGGCGGCAGCCCUUCCGACCUCCUCUUCCUCGCCGGCGGCGGUCAUUAAGUUUUUUAUUAGGUCUAAUUUAUAUAGCAGUAUUUUAAAGUUAAAAUUGAUUUUUCGCACUACUAAAAUUAUACUUUCACCGCUCAAGUGUUUAAGUACGCCGAAUUCUGUUACCAACAAAGAAUCUCUGCUUUUGAUUGGUUUCAUUGACUUUUAAUUGCUGCCCUGUGGGAAAUUUGAAAACUUGUAUGAAAAAUGCUGAGAAUUAAGAGGGUUCCUACUGUCGUUUCCAACUACCAAAAGGAAGAGGCGGAGGAAGGUGCUGCUCGCCAAGGAGGGGGGUGCGGCCGAAAUUGCCUCAAGAACUGUUGCCUUCCAGGCGCAAAGCUGCCUUUGUAUCGUUUUAAGAGGUUGAACGAAGUUGCUAAUGAGAAGGAUGGCCUUAGCUGUGAGAACAAAGAACCUCCGGUUCCUUUCCUGGAAUCUCUCCUGCUCGGGGAGUGGGAGGGUCGGAUGCAAAGAGGGCUCUUUCGCUAUGAUGUUACUGCCUGUGAAACCAAGGUGAUUCCUGGUGAAUAUGGCUUUAUUGCUCAGCUGAAUGAGGGCAGGCACCUUAAGAAGAGGCCCACUGAGUUUCGAGUUGAUAAGGUUUUGCAGCCCUUUGAUGAGACCAAAUUCAACUUUACUAAAGUUGGGCAGGAAGAGAUCCUCUUUCAGUUUGAGCCGGGCGAUGAAGUCCAGUUCUUGCCAAGUGCACUCAUUGAUACUGAGAACUCACCAAGUGUUGUUGCCAUAAACGUCAGUCCUAUUGAGUAUGGACAUGUGCUGUUAAUCCCUCAAAUUCUCGAUUGCUUGCCUCAGAGCAUUGACCAUGAUAGCUUGUUGCUUGCUCUGUACAUGGCUGCAGAGGCUCGAAGCCCAUACUUCCGAUUGGGUUACAACAGCUUGGGUGCAUUUGCCACCAUCAACCAUCUUCAUUUCCAGGCCUACUACCUGGCUGUGCCAUUUCCCAUUGAGAAGGCUCCCUCUAAGAAGAUCACCACCACAAAAGGUGGGGUGCAACUCUCAGAACUUCUGAAAUAUCCAGUCAGGGGUCUUGUGUUUGAGGGUGGAAAUACUCUCAAGGAUUUGUCCAAUGUUGUCGCUGACUCCUGCAUCUGCCUUCAAGAAACUAAUGUCCCUUACAAUGUUCUUAUCUCGGAUUCUGGAAAAAGAAUUUUCCUGUUCCCACAGUGCUAUGCUGAGAAACAAGCUCUUGGAGAAGUAAGCGCUGAGCUACUUGACACACAAGUUAACCCAGCAGUUUGGGAGAUUAGUGGGCAUAUGGUGCUGAAACAGAAGAAAGAUUAUGAGGAGGCAUCUGAGGAAAAUGCUUGGAGGCUCUUAGCUGAGGUAUCCCUUUCUGAAGAGAGGUUCCAAGAAGUGAAGGCUCUGAUCUUUGAAGCCAUUUCUUCUAGCAUUGAGGAAAUCGACAGUGUGAAUCCAAGCGUCCUUGAGAAGCCAGAUGUCACACAUCAGCCUCUUGAGGAUGUUGAUACCCUCAACAAAGGGUCUCAGCGAACAAUGGUGUCUGUGUAAGCAUGCUUGGUUCCUGCUGAGCAUUGGCCGAUACAUUUUAGAUUGGAUAUGUGGACCAUAUGGUGUCUGUUGUCAUACUAAUGAAGGUCAUUACAGGAAUUGGCCUUUCCUUGGUUGACAUGCCUUGAAUAAUGCAACUAGGUUUGUGGGAUUGGAUAAUGUAUGUUUACUGCGUAUGAUUGGCUUUGCAAACCUGAGUUCUAUGAUGCGAGUCAUGUAAAACAUUUUAGAUUGGAUAUGGUGUCUGUUGUCGUACUAAUGAAGGUCAGAGUAAGUACAGGAUUGGCCUUUCCUCGUGCCUUGAAUAAUGCAACUAGGUUUGCUGGAUUGUUAGGGUUGUUGCUUGUAUGUUUACUGUGUAUUAUUGGCUUUGCAAACCUGAGAUCUGUAAUGGGAGUCAUGUAGAAUAUUUUGAUGUUUGUAAUGGAUGCUUGUUCCUAAAAUCUCUUCUAAUCUCAUAAGAGGCAAAAUUUACUUG